GCCAGGCCCCAGAGUGCACUGCGGAUACGUGCGCGCGCGGCUCCAUUGACGAGCGACCGCGGGAAAGUUCUAAAAAAGUCAAAAGAAAACAAAAAACCAGUACGAGGCAAAGUCAAAUUUUCAAGCCACAGAACCAGGCGGUGGCAGCCUUUCCGCCACUGCCCAAACUGCAGAAGCAGCUCUGGCGCGGACCAGCUGUGGUGAUUAUGGAUGCCAGGCGCUAAGAUGUCAUAGCAUCUGUCAUCUUGGGUCCACAAGGCAUUUGUCAUUUCUUGAGAAGCUGGGAGAGACCAAGAACCUAGAAGAGGGCCUGUACUACUAAAAGUGAGAGAAGUUAGCAGAACUUUUGGCAAUUUCACAGGAUUGGAGAGACAUACAUUGGAGUUCCAAAGAUUUGAUGUGUGUUCACUGUUUCCUUCAGUGUGUGAUAAACCACUGUGAAGGUACAUCACCUUUUCCCUUUUUCUGAGAUGGCUCAAGAUUCAGUAGGCCUUCCUUCUGAUUUUCAGUUUUGGAUGCGCAAGCUUUCUGUAUGGGAUCAGGCAUCCACUUUGGAAACCCAACAAGACACCUGUCUUCACCUGCCUCAGUUCCAGGAGUUCCUGAGGCAGUUGUAUGAAGCCUUGAAAGAGAUGGAUUCAAGUGCAAUUAUUGAAAGAUUCCCCACAGUUGGUCAACUGUUGGCAAAAACUUGCUGGAAUCCUUUUAUCUUAGCAUAUGAUGAAAGCCAAAAAAUUCUAAUAUGGUGCUUGUGUUGUCUGAUUAAGAAAGAUCCACAGAAUUCUGGAGAAUCAAAACUUAACUCCUGGACACGGGGGUUGUUAUCUCAUAUACUUUCCACCUUCAGAUUUAAUAUAAAAGAAGUUGAUCUUUUUACUCAAGUUCUUGGGUAUGCACCCACAGAUUACUAUCCUGGUUUACUUAAAAAUAUGGUUUUAUCAUUAGUGUCUGAACUCAGAGAGAAUCAUCUUAAUGGAUUUAACACUCAAAGGCGAAUGGCUCCUGAACGAGUAAGGUCCCUGUCACGAAUCUGUGUCCCACUUGUUACUCUGCCAGAUUUUGAACCAUUGGUAGAGGCUCUGCUCACCUACCAUGGACAUGAACCUCAGGAAGUGCUCUGGCCUGAGUUCUGUGAUGCUGUGAAUGAGGCUUUUUUGCUGAAGAAGAUUUCUCUCCCCGCGUCAGCUAUACUCUGCCUCUGGCUUCGGCACCUUCCCAGCCUUGAAAAUACAAUGCUGCAUCUUUUUGAAAAGCUUAUCUCCAGUGAGAGAAAUUUUCUGAGGAGGAUCGAAUGCUUUAUGAAAGACUCAUUGCUGCCUGCAGCUGCCUGCCACCCUGCCAUAUUCAGAGUUGUUGAUGAAAUGUUCAGGUACGCACUCCUGGAAACUGAUGGAGCCCUAGAAGUACUAGCCACUAUCCAAGUGUUUACACGAUGCUUUGUAGAAGCUCUGGAAAAAGAAAACAAGCAGCUGAAGUUUGCAUUCAAGACCUACUUUCCUUAUGCUUCUCCGUCUCUUGUCAUGGUGCUACUCCAACACCCGAAAGAUAUCCCACAGGGACUUUGGCACCAGGCACUGAAACAUAUCUCUGAAAUGCUCAAAGAAGUAGUUGAAGACCAAACUCAUGGGUCCUACGGAGGCCCCUUUGAGAGCUGGUUUUUGUUCGUUCACUUUGGAGGAUGGGCUGACAUGGCGGCUGAGCAGUUACUGACGUCGGAAGCCGAGGCUGAAGCUCCAGAGGCCCUGCUGUGGCUCCUGGCUUUCAGCUGCGGUCCGGGAGCUGGGCAUCAGCAGAGAGCACAGACCAUGGUGGAGGUGAAGGCCGUGCUCAGCCGCCUCACGAAGCUGCUCAGGAGUCCCACCCUCUCGGCCAGGGACCUGCAGGCGGCAGCUGGAGAGGGCGGGGAGGGAGCUCCCAGACCGCCUGCCUGUCAGCAGCUGAUCAGGCGCCUCCUCCUCAACUUCCUGCUCUGGGCUCCCGGAGGCCACGCGAUUGCCCGGGAAGUCAUCACGCUCGCCCUGGACACCUGUGGGAGGGGCCUCAGCCCGUGGAGCCUGCUCAGACCCGGCCACCCCUCCUCCCUGAGCCUGCACCCCCCUGCUCCUCUAGUGUCCUGUCACCCUGGGAGUGGAGAGCAGGCCAAGGAGAUCACGGCCGGCCCGGCACGUAGGGUGUGAGAGAAUGUAACCCAGAGACAGCUCCUCAAGAGACACGCAGGUCUCUGCUUCUGUAUUGCAGUCACAUUUCCCUCCAUUCUGGGGAGACAGUCCAGGUUCACAACGGACCGCCCUCAGGUCUCACCCACAGACUGGCUGCUGGGGCCCAGGAGCUGGUCGUGUCACCAAGCUCAGGGUUGCCGCCAAUGCUGGAGCCCCCGUCGCCACAGAACAGCUCACCUGCAGCCACGCAUCAGCACUGCUGGUCCACACCUGAGCCUGGGGCAACCCGGCGCCUUCAUUCACGUUCAGAAGUCAGCUCAGCUGCAAAAAAAGAUUAACUAAAGGAUGAAGCUCGGUGUUUUCUCUUCCCGCACCGGCUCCUUAGGAGGUGGGUGCUGGCCUCCCGGGCACCUUGGAGCCCGUCACAGCUGAGAGCGCCUCCUGGGCGCUGUCCUUGCAGAUGUUCAGUAACUGUUUCAACUAACAAACAUACCGGCCUUCCUCACUCGAAGCUUUCCUGCAGUGGCCACACAGUCGGUUGAAGGCAGCCCGGCAAGAGCAGCUACAGCAGGACAGGUGGAAGGGGUCCACCCAGUGCCAGCCCCUCGUGGGCUCCUUGGUGCCGCCCUCUGCGAGCAGCCUGGGAAGAGCCCUGGGCUGGGUCUGCGUGGCCAGGAGCAGGUGGACGGCCUUUCUCUUUGAGGGGCUUUGGCAUCACCACCCUCAGGACCCUAGCCCUGGCCUGGCUUUGAUGUGAACUCAGAGAGGUGGGAGCAGGGCCAGCUUCUGGGCCCGGGUCCUGGUCUUGGCCCUCUUGUCUUGCCCUCAGCUCUGGAGAGCCGUGCUCGCUAUAGGCUGUGCGUCUGAGCCCUGUCUCUUUGCGGCCUUCAAUCCUCCUCUGAGCUGCCCCUUGUGCCAUCGGCUCACCUUCCUCCUUCCUCCUCUCCUGGCCUCACACCCCAACCUCAGCCACAGCACGCUCCCCCACUUCCUCAGGCUCCCGCACGGGCCCCAGGGCUCAGCUUCUGAGUCUCCACUGAAUCCCUUCAUCGGAACCCCCGCCCUUCCCACCUCUUGUUCUGCUUCUCUGCCCUGUUCCUGCUUUACCAGCUCCGCUCUCUCCUCCUUGAGCCUCGAUGAGGAGGAUGAGGCGCUAGCAGCCUGGCUGGUGCCCGGAUUCCUGCUGCCCCUCGUCCUGCCCUGAGCUCACGUUUCUCUCUCCCUCUCCUUCUGUCUUCUGUUGCUGGACCAUAGCAGUAACAGCCAAAAGUUAGCCAGAAUCUGAAAUAUAGAGUUCAGUUCUAUAAUUGUUGAGCUCAAGAUGAAUUUGACCUCCACAAGGAUGCCCUCAGCUGAGCCCUGCAGGACGCGGCUUCCCCUCCCUCAGUGGCAGUGAGGCGGGGUUUGUAUGUGACCGGAGACAAAGUGGAACAUGGGCAUCGAGGUGGCUUGUAAGAGGGCCGGUGACGGCACCGCUGCCCCGCGUCCGGCUCCGAGGAGCCCCCACGGUCCCUGGGCACUGGCGCGGGAGGCAGUCUUCCCCCACUCGGGUCUGAGGUACUAAACUAACUCCUCUAAGGCGUCCCAGGGAAGCUCAUGUUGUUUCAUCCGUAAAGUCAUCUACCGCAUCUGUGACUUCUGAGGAAAACCAAGAGAGGAUUCUGUGGACACCAAGAGCCCCGGCGAACCCCACCAGGCUGGCAGCCUGCCCCCCGACCCCAGCAGAGCCCUCUCAGCUUGGGCCACUGCCAGUAGCUGGCCGGGGAGCACCAGUGCUGUCCAGGGGGCCCAGGGCUUCCCCCGCUGCCACUCACUUAGUAUCCGUGCUGCAGUGAGAGUCUGCCUUGACUCAUGGCCAGGGGUGGCCUGGGAUUAAAGGCUGUCCUGGGCCCUAGGAGAGUCCCGGGUGGACCAGGGCGGCUGGUCACCCUACCAGAAGGGCCAGUGUGGACACAGAGGAGGAGCUGACCUUGGGCUACUCAGGCUACUAAAUAUUUGAUUCACACAUGAAAAAUGAACAUGUGGUGCUCACUUUGGCAGCACGUAGACUAAAACUGGAAGGACACAGAGACGAUUCGCAUGGCCCCUGUGCAAGGAUGACAUGCAAAUUCGUGAAGCGUUCCAUAUUUAAAAGAAAAAAGAAAUGAGUAUGUGGACUGCUCUCAAAAACAGAGGUUCUCAAUAUGCUUGUGUCUAAAAAAAAAAUCACAGUAAAUUCUCCACGCAGAUAAAUCGUUAGAUUCUUAUCCUCCCUUUAUGGGUUCCAACAGCUAAGGCUGUAUUUAGCAGAACUGACAGUUCCUGUGUUUCCUGCUUCCCUUAAGAAUCAAGUGUUAAAACCCUGGGUGCCUAUUAACAAGUGGGCCUGCCGCUAGCCCAAGAAUGCCAUUUAUAAAGCUGUUUGUGUAAGAACAGGUGGCACUCUCUUUUCAGCAUCUUCCAGUUCUCAUAGUAGUGCGAGCCUUUUGCAGGAAGUCAAGCCACAGCAUGCUCAUUGGCCUCUGCUCCCCACGGCAAAUAACCCCAAAGCUUGUGAUGGGUGUUCCAAGAAACAGCAUUUGUCUGUAGCCGUUGUGGGUCUGAGAGGGCCAGCAUUAGGAAAUGGCUCUGCUCACUCGAUGGCCCACCUCUGAGAACACAUUCGCUUUGCUAAUCACCUUGAAGACAAAACAAGAGCCCUUUGGAGCUGAUAGGAAUGCAGGUGCUUUUGGGGGACAGGAUGGUUACAGCUGGUCCACUGGACGAAGAGAUGAAUCUGUCUGGAAAGUGUUUUAAUUUGCCUUCUCUUCUGUCCUCA